AUUCCACCCAAUCUCUUUUCCUCCCUUUCUCUCUCUCAUCCCCACCAACAAACCCCUGAUCCAUCUAUCAAAAUCACCUCUUCAGUCGACCUGAAAUUUAUACACUCCACUGCCCUUCCUCCUCGAGCAAAUCACCGCUCUGAUUUAUGGCCGCUUAUUUAGCCUGUUCCAUUCGUUCAUCAGUUAUUUAGAGAUACACCAACACCCAGACCUUCAUAUAUAUAAGGAGGUGGGAGAGAGAGAGAGAGAGAGAGAGAGAGAGAGAGAGAGAGGAAGAAGAAAAGGUGUCGGUGCUGUUUGAUUAUCCGUUUCACGUUUUGCAGAUUUGAUUUUUGUCCUAGAUCGAUGGAUGUGAGAGGAGAAUUAAAGGGGCGAUGUAGUUGUUCGUCGGCGGCGACCACCACGGGGAAGAGGAAAAACGAUCACAGACCUUACAAGGGAAUACGGAUGAGAAAGUGGGGAAAGUGGGUGGCGGAGAUUAGGGAACCAAAUAAACGGUCAAGGAUUUGGCUCGGAUCCUAUUCCACACCCGUCGCGGCGGCAAGAGCCUACGACACCGCCGUCUACUACCUCCGUGGGCCCUCCGCCCGGCUCAACUUCCCGGAGUUACUUGCGUCCGAUGGCACACCGGAUGAGUUGUCGGCGUCUUCUAUUCGGAAGAAAGCGACGGAGGUCGGGGCAAGGGUGGAUGCAGAAACGAGUGGUACUUCCGUGCAACAUGCACUCAAGCCUUGUUGGUUUGAAGAGAAACCCGACUUGAAUAAGAAACCCAAACCCGAACCCGAAUCCGAAUACCCAGAUGGUGAUGAUAACUGAUAACUGGUGAAAUAAAGCAACUUCAUCAUCCCCAGGUAUUGGAAGCAACAAAUUUUCGUCAAAAGUUUUCUUGAAAAAAGAAAUUACCCAAUCCGAAUCAUUGUAAUUGCCAUCUUUGUGAUUAAAUCGCAUUUAAUCGACAAUUAUGAACGGAUUUUAAGCUUUGAAUUUGUGUUUGAAAGUGAUUAUUCGAUCGGAAUAACAGUCGAGAAAAUGAUCGAAUAUAACGUUUGGUUGUGAUCCGUUGAUAAGCAAAGAAACUUAUUUAAAUAAUUAAAUGUUUUUUGAUAAGAUUUAGGAAAAGGAUAGAUUAGAAUCUUAGAUAAGACGAAUUUUGUGUACCAUGAAAAUAAUGCAAUACUAAAGUUGUCUUGUCUUGUA